CGGAUGCUCAGAAGGAAAUCCGCAUCGGUUCGUCUGCUGCAGACAGUGACUCUUCGAAGAUGGCUGAGAAAAGUGCUGACAUUGCUCUGAUUGGACUGGCCGUCAUGGGCCAAAAUCUUAUUCUCAACAUGAAUGACCAUGGCUUUGUGGUAUGUGCUUUUAAUCGCACAGUGGAAAAAGUAGACACAUUUCUUGCAAAUGAAGCUAAAGGAACGAAGGUAAUUGGGGCCAAGUCAUUGGAGGAUAUGGUGUCAAAGUUAAAAAAACCACGACGAGUGAUGCUGCUAGUGAAGGCUGGCAAAGCAGUUGAUGAUUUCGUGGACAAAUUGGUACCUCUCUUGGAGAAAGGAGACAUAAUCAUUGAUGGCGGAAACUCUGAGUAUGGUGAUACUACAAGAAGGUGUAAAGAUCUAGCACAGAAGGGCAUCCACUUUGUGGGUAGUGGAGUGAGCGGAGGUGAAGACGGAGCUAGAUAUGGCCCGUCGCUGAUGCCAGGGGGUACAGAGGCUGCCUGGCCCCACAUCAAGGAAAUUUUUCAAGGAAUAGCUGCAAAAUCAGGAAAAGAGCCCUGCUGUGAUUGGGUUGGCCCAGAAGGGGCGGGGCAUUUUGUGAAGAUGGUCCACAAUGGCAUAGAGUAUGGUGACAUGCAGCUUAUCUGCGAAGCCUACCAUCUAAUGAAGGAUGCCUUAGGCAUGCAGCAGGAUGAAAUGAGCUAUGUGCUGGAAGAAUGGAACAAAGGUGAACUGGAGUCAUUUUUAAUCGAGAUAACUAGAGAUAUCUUGAGAUAUAAAGAGAAUGGAGAAUAUCUUCUGCCUAAGAUAAGGGACUCGGCCGGACAGAAAGGCACAGGGAAAUGGACAGCUAUAUCUGCCUUAGACUAUGGGGUACCUGUUACUCUCAUAGGUGAGGCUGUGUUUGCGCGCUGUCUCUCCUCUCUUCAGCAGGAGCGUGUACAAGCCAGCAAACGCUUCGCAGGGCCAGCCAAGACCAAGUACGAGGGUGAUAAGAAGCAGUUCAUUCAGGAUAUCAGACAGGCGCUGUACGCUUCAAAAAUUGUGUCGUAUGCUCAAGGGUUUAUGUUAAUGAGGGAAGCAGCGCGUGAAUUUGGCUGGAAGCUGAACUACGGAGCUAUUGCUUUGAUGUGGAGGGGAGGAUGUAUCAUCAGAAGUGUGUUCCUGGGCAACAUCAAGGAAGCCUUUGAGAAGAAUCCAGAUCUGAGCAAUCUCUUGUUGGAUGAUUUCUUCCACAAAGCCAUUGAGAAGUGUCAGGCCUCUUGGAGGAAGGUUGUGUCAACAGCUGUACUCCUGGGUAUCCCCACCCCUGCCUUCAGUACUGCCCUCGCCUUCUUUGAUGGAUACCGCUCAGAGAGACUUCCUGCUAAUCUCAUACAGGCUCAGAGGGAUUACUUUGGUGCCCAUACAUAUGAGCUCCUGUCUAAUCCAGGGAAAUUCAUCCACACCAACUGGACUGGCCAUGGAGGCAACGUGUCCUCCACAACUUACCAGGUGUAAUGUAAAUCUCACCACAUUGUUUGUGUAACUGUCUGUUUCUACUGGCUUGUUUUCACACAGAUGAAUUAUGUCUCUCUGUCUUUAUCUGGAAAUUCAGUAAAUGUAAAUGUAAAGCACCCGUCAGAAGUUGUAUUAGUGUUAUGCAAUAUGGCAUUCGGUCAUCAUAGAAAAUAACCAUGUCUAGUGGUACACAAAUACAUAUGUAAUCAUGGGUAAUUCACUUGCACUGUCAAUAGUAGAACUAUGCUUUUGAGCUAUAAUCGUGAUAAUGUGUGAAUGGCAGUUCAUGUUCGUGAGUAUGAAUCAGGCACAUCAAAUCAGAACAUUCAUAAUCUAAUGUAAAUUUUCAGGAGUACAAAUUC